CGCGCAGGUUGUGUGUAUUGGUGUUGGUGUGUGUGUUAGCAUUAGCAUUAGCAUGGCGGCGGCGGAGGGAGAGGAGGUGACCGUGUCUCUGGUGGACGUGCUGGAGGAGGAUGAGGAGCUCGAGCAGGAAGCCUCGGCUGUGCUCGGAGGGAGCGACUCGGAGAAGUGUUCUUACCCGGAGGGCUAUGUGAAGCGACAGGCGCUGUACGCGUGUAACACCUGCACACCGAAGGGCGGAGUCCCAGCGGGCAUCUGUCUCGCCUGUUCAUACAAGUGCCACGAAGGUCACGAACUGUUCGAGCUCUACACCAAGAGGAAUUUCCGCUGUGACUGUGGGAAUGAGAAGUUUGGAGAGAUGGACUGCAGGUUGUUCCCGGAGAAAGAGAAGACGAACUGUGGAAAUAAAUAUAGCCACAACUUCUUCGGGCUGUACUGUACGUGUGAUAGGCCGUACCCCGACCCAGAGGACCAGGUUCCUGAUGAGAUGAUACAGUGUGUGGUGUGCGAGGACUGGCUGCAUGGACGGCACCUGGGCUGUAUCGUCCCGGAGUGUGUGGAACUUCAGGAGAUGAUCUGUGAGUCCUGCAUGAAUAAAUCACCGUUCCUCUGGACCUAUGCUGCUCACCUGGCAGUGCCUCCUACAGUCAGGAUGUGUAAAGAAGAGGAGGAGGAGGAGAGUACCCGGGUGGAGGUGGAGCGUGAUGAAGAGGAGAAAAAAACAGAAGUAAAGAGCUCACAGGACGAAAAGGCGGAGGUGAACGGGGCGGCCAGCUGUAAAAGGAAGCUGCAGGACCUGGAGGCUGGAGCUUCAGGCUGCAGGUUGGAGGAGAUGAAGAGCUCGGGGAAGAGCCGGGCUCAGCAGGGAGCUGUGUUCUGGCCCGCAGCGUGGCGCACCAAACUCUGUUCCUGUCCCAGCUGUAAGAGUGUGUUUGCGGAGGCGGGCGUGUCCUUCCUGUUGGACGAGACGGACACGGUGCUCGCCUACGAGAACAAAGGCAAAACCACGGAGCAGGUGAACGGGGGCGAGGCUCGAGACCCCCUCAUGUCUGCACUCAACAACCUUAACCACGUGCAGCAGCUCGAAAUCAUCCAUGAGUAUAACGACAUGAAGACCGAGCUGAAGGAUUACUUACAGAGAUUUGCAGCAGAAGGAAAGGUCGUGACCCCUGAAGACAUCCGUCAGUUCUUCGAACAGCAGCAGAGCCGUAAACGGCGGCGAGUGGACGCGGGUCAGUUCUACUGCAGCUGAAUCGUCCUAUGACCCUCGACAGUCCUCUCACUCCUUUUGUAAUAAACGUCAAUCACGAUAACUCUGCAGCCUUGAACCCGGAGGAGCCGCGGGGUGUGAGGGGUUUACAGAUGAGGAGGAAGUCCGGCGCGACCCUCGUUCCCAAAGAGCUGUUAAACAACCUCGUUAAUAACACCGCGAGGAUGUGGAGCGGCCCAGCACACGCUUGCGCCCCCCCCCCUUGACGGGGUGACCUCGUCUAACACCUUCUAGAUGUUUCAUUUGUCUCUCGCUGUUCUUUUCUGUAUUCAGGACGUGUUCAUGGACGACCUCCUGAUCGCGCCGCUCCCGUUUGGUUUACUUUUGUUUUAUUCGGUUCGUCAGGCCGUGUAAUAAAUUUCCGUGAACAUGUUUCGUGCUUUUAUUAUCGCCGUUUUAUCUGUACUUUAGCUCUCGCUUUACUUUGUAAAUGUACCUUUGAGAAAUUAAACGUAUUAAUACUUUA